AUGGAGUACUUCAACAAAGCCAAAUCCGUGAAGCUUCGGAGCCACCUCGGCAAGUACCUAAUCGCAGACGAGGACGGCGAAGGUCUCUACCAGAGCAGAAAAAGCUCCGCGAAGAACGCAAUAUGGGAGGUGGAGUUAGUAGAAGGGAAGAGCCACAGCAUUCGGCUCAAGAGCUGUCACGGUCUGUACCUGAAGGCAACCGACACAGCGUUCCUUCUAGGAAUGACCGGAAACCGGGCGGUGCAGUCGGAGAUGGACGCAGCAGGUUCGAGUUGGAAGUACGAGUGGGAGCCACGAAGGGAAGGGUUGAGUAACCACGUGAAGCUGAGGAGUUGGUGUGGGACCUACCUUAGGGGAAACGGUGGCACUCCGCCUUGGAGGAAUUCAGUUACACACGACGAUCCUCAUAGUUCCACCACUCACUCUUGGAUCUUGUGGACUGUGGAGGUUGUUGACAACAUUAUAGUUGGAUCUUUUUCCAAAGAGAGAUAUGAUGAUGAUGUGGUUGUUUCUGUGGCGGUGCUUUCUGAUUCUUAUGUAAGAUCUCCGUCGUCGUUGCCGCUGUGUGAGGACCCCGCGGAGUUGCAGCUUACGGUACGUUAA